AUGCGGUCCUCGACUUUCCCAACAUUCGCCCUUGUGGGUGUUGUAGCAGCAGGUCUGGUUGCCAGACAGACACCAGCUCCAAGUAGCACCAGCGCUUCAGCACCAGAAAUCACGGCCGUGACGAGCUGUCAUCUACAUGAAUCUCAAGUGUUCUGCAUGGCCGGAGUGACGGAAUACCUGGUUCAAACUACCCCAACCCAAACGACAGAUAUUCCCGCCCAAUACACAGGCUGCCAUCGUCAUGGCCCGGAAACGUUCUGCAUUGCCCCCAACGGGGAUGACGUCGAGAUUAAGCUCCCCGCGGUUGGGGGACAUGAUGAGCAUCACGGCCACGGUAGUGAUACCAAGACUGGCGAACGCAAGAAUUGCCAUUUCCAUGCCGGAGUAGAACACUGCGUUGAAAGCGGCGAGAGCGAGGGCGAGGGCGAGGCUCACACAAGCUGCCAUGCCCCCAACAGGGACUACAACAUCGGCCUUCGGGUUGGCCUUCUUUUUGUCAUCAUGGCCACCAGCGCCUUGGGUGUUUUCGGUCCCAUCCUUCUUCACAAAGCCCUUCCCAGGAAGCUCUCCCUCAUCUUCACCGUCCUCAAGCAGUUCGGUACUGGUGUCAUCAUAUCCACUGCCUUUGUUCAUCUUUUUACCCACGCCUCCCUCAUGUUUGGCAACAAGUGCCUCGGGGAUCUGGAAUAUGAAGGCACCGCCGCUGCAACCUUGAUGGCCGGCAUCUUCCUCUCCUUUCUCGUAGAAUAUAUCGGUCAGAGGAUCAUUUUGUCAAAGACCAGGGCCACCCCUAGCUUCAGCCCAGAGACUCGAUCCGACCUCUGGCUCUCUACUGAAAUCGUGAGCAUUUUGGUCAUGGAGGCAGGCAUUCUUUUUCAUUCACUUCUUAUCGGACUUGCUUUGGUGGUCGCAGGCGACUCUUUCUUCAUUACGUUGUUCAUCGUCAUACUCUUCCAUCAAUUUUUCGAGGGGUUGGCUCUCGGUACCCGUAUUGCUUCAAUCGGCACCUCCGUCAACGUACAUCUUUCGCCUCCUGCAGCUGGACGCUCCACGAAGGAAGCCAGCAGCGAAAUUGACAAGUCCCCAACCAUGACUUCUCCGACCGAGGAGUCGAUUGACACGCCGAUAUCUUUCGAGGGGCAGCAGACAUUUUCGAUGAAGAAGAAGCUUGGGCUCGCCUUUCUCUUUGCCUUUGUCACCCCUAUUGGCAUGGCCAUUGGUAUCGGUGUCUUGCAGAAAUUUAACGGUAACGACAAGUCCACCCUGAUUGCCAUCGGAACCCUCGAUGCCCUUUCUGCCGGCAUCCUUGUUUGGACCGGUGUAGUUGAGAUGUGGGCUGCCGAUUGGAUGACGGGAUCUCAUGGUCACAAGGCAGAGCUGGCUGACGCUGACAUGUUCACCGUCAUCCUCAGUGGCCUGGGAUUAAUUAGCGGAAUGGCCCUUAUGAGUUUCCUCGGUAAAUGGGCUUAG